GCAAAGAGCAGGAAUUUCCUUAUGGUCUGACAAGGUGACUUGGGCAUUUGUUACUAUCGGCCUCGCAACGAUUUCGUUUGUUUUAUUGAGCUAAUCAGGACAGGAACAGAGAGGGCGAGUUUGAGUGGUUGUUGUGUUGGAAAAAGUCUUGGCUGUGACGACAACGAGGGAAGGUGAAGCAGGAGGAGAUAUCAACGGCAGGUCGGGUUUUUUUUGGGGGGGUUGUUGCGCGCUCUCUCUUUUGACCCGCAUCAUCUUUUUAUUUUAUUUUUUUAAACCACGACAUUAACCUUGAGGCCUUUUUGAAGCCGGUCUCUCAUUCCUUUUCUUUUGAGGGAACAACCUGCCUACCUACCUAUCUACAUCAGACGACAGUCUCCAAGUUUUUUGCGCGCGCGAGCAAUCAUUUGUGCUGGCCAGGGGGCAGUCUCUCUCUACCCAUCAUCCGACGGUUCAAACCUUGAGCUUUGUGGGGGUGGGGGAAAACGACCCUGUUAAUUGGCUUUUCCCAACGAUACGGGAAUUCAGGGGAUAGGAAAAAGUCAAAAAAGAGGUUUACCGACGGGACGGGGCCGGAACGAAACGAAACGAAACGAAACGACAAGAACAACGGACGGGUGUGUGGUUUAGAUUGUUUUUUGUUUUUUUGCGUUGGAGCUACUGUGUAAAAUCACAUACGGUACUCGGGCUGUCUCUCUCUCAGACACAUAUCAGGGACAGUACCCUGCCCUUACGAAAAAAGGAAGGAAUUAUGAUUUCUUACAGCUUCAGGGGUCUCGAGAGAGGUGGUGGUGGUGUUGUUGCUGUUGCUGGGGCGAGGUUAUCGUCGACGAGUCCGUUUCUGGCAGUGAGAGGGCUGUCGAGCAUUGCGUUACAGAGGAGGGUUUCGGCUGUUGCAUCAGGUCAACAACCGCCACCACCGCCGCCGACAAGGUCAGCAUCGUAUCAAUCGAGCAACCUGCUGUUUCGAACAUUCACCAUGUCCUCCCCCCGCUCCGGACAAAAGAGAUCCAAAAUCCCCAAAAUCCUUCAUCCCUCCACCCUAACGAAAAAGCUCCAGUCCAAGCUGCCGGCUGCUAUCGUGCCGCAAAAGGAGAAUAUUUAUACUGUCCCGAAUAUUCUGACGUUUUCUCGGAUCAUCGCAAGCCCCUUUAUCGGCUAUGCCAUCCUACACGAUCAGCACGCCCUCGCUCUGGGGCUGUUUGCCUACGCGGGUGUCAGCGAUGCGCUUGACGGGUGGAUCGCGAGGAGGUGGAAGUUGCAGACUGUGGUGGGGACGGUGAUUGAUCCGAUGGCGGACAAGAUGUUGAUGACGGUUUUGGUUGUGGCGUUGGGGAUGAAGGGGUUGUUGCCUGUAUGGCUAGCAGUCCUCAUCCUGGGCCGGGACAUCGCCCUCGCCAUCUCGGCAAUUUACUACCGCUGGAUCUCGCUGCCUCCUCCCAAGACGAUGGCAAGAUACUGGGAUUUUAGCCUGCCGAGCGCGGAGGUGAGGCCGACGUUGAUUAGCAAGUUCAAUACGUUUUUGCAGUUGGGGCUGAUGGGGUUGACGACGGUGGCUCCUGUUGUCACGGCUGUUGAUUUUAGUCAGUCGUUGACGGUUUUGCAGUACAUUGUCGCCACGACGACGGUUUGGUCGGGCGCGAGUUAUGUGUUCAGCAAGGAUGCGGUCAAGAUUCUGACGCAGCCGGAGAGCAAAAAGGAGAAGGAGGUUGUGGUGGGGGAGGAGGAGGGGAAGAAGAAGUAACUCUGAGAGAGAAGGGUGUUGGGGGAGAAGAUGAGGGUGAGGCAGUUGGGGAGGAAGGAGAGGGAGGGUUAGGUGGAUGAUGUGUGUGCUCUGUGUGUUUGGCGAGAUGGGGCAGGGAGUUCAGGGGGUUUUCGUGAGUAUUGUACAUAUCCCUAUUGCGAGCAUUAGCCUUGCUUUGCCCUUGUGGAGCAUUCUUGUAUAUAGACCGUGAACUACAUUAAAAAGUUGAAUUUUCGUUUACA